ACAGAGACUUGCAAACAGAUGAAAGGAAUGUUAGCAGAGGUGUAAGUUUGCAGAACAAACUUGCUGUAUGUACGGAUACUUUCCCCCUUGACUUUGCUGGCUUUCCCUUGACCAUGAAGGAAAUUCAAAUGAGACUUCUUGGUGCAUUGGUGCUGGUUGCACUACUACACCACCACCAGAGCCAUGCUUUAUCACGUAGUACAAGUGAUGCCAAAAACAAAAAUAAGGAACUCAAUAAAAAAACAGCAUUACAUCGCCAAAAGAGGGACUGGAUUAUUGAUACCUUCACACUCCGAGAAGAGCUUCCUGGACCCUAUCCAAUGCUAGUUGGCACGGUGCAGUUGGAGGAAGAAUUUCAGCUGCAGUACAAGCUGCAAGGGAAAGGAGUAGACGAGGAUCCCAAAGGACUUUUCCAUAUCAACGAAGACACUGGAUCAAUUUACGUUCAUCAGAAAAUUGACUAUGAACAAACCUCUCUGUUUCAGUGGAAGUUCAACGCCAUCAACAAAACUACCAGGAAAGUGGGUACAAGACUCGGCAUUCAUCUGAAGAUCCUGGACAUCAAUGAUAAUGCCCCAGAGUUCAAAAACAAGACUUUUCACGCCUCUGUUAAUGAAAGCGCUGUGCAAGGUAAUACAGUCUUCACAUUGCUGGCUUACGACAAGGACAGCGAAAACAGUCCCAACUCACUGGUUAGCUAUUUUAUCCUGUCUCAGACGCCCACCGACCCGAAUGUGGAGUUCACCGUAGACCAGGACAAGGGGUUCAUCUCAUUCAAGGGUUGUCUAAGUUAUGAGACUAAUAGGAGGUACAGGCUGAUGAUUGAAGCAAAAGACAAAGGUGUGCAGAUACAGCUGAGCAGCACCUGCGAGGUCCAUGUGACUGUGUUAGAUAGAAACACCAACGCUCCAAUAUUUUCAUCACCAUCUCUACAGACCUCCAUACCGGAACAUGAAGCCAAUUUGACCAUCUUGAGAUUUGGAGUAACUGACAGUGAUACACCAUUUACUUCGGGGUGGAGAGCCGUGUACUCCAUUAUUGAAGGAAACAAUGAUGAUAACUAUGAGAUAACAACUGACCCGCAAACAAAUGAAGGCAUUCUUACUGUGGUGAAGCCCUUGGAUUAUGAAGAAAGAACCAAAGACAUCCUUUCCAUAGCAGUUUCAAACGAGGAGCCAUUGUAUAGCUGCAAAGUCAAGCAGAAGCCUAGAAAAGGCCUGUGGGAGAUAGAAAUGGACAAGGGUCGGACAGGACAGUCAGCGGCGCAGACUGGUUCAAUAAAUGUAGAUAUCCAGGAUGUGAAUGAUGCUCCAGUGUUUAAGCCACAGACAAUCCUAGUCAGUCUGGUAGAGCAUUCUAUUACACCAGGCACUACACUGACAACAGUGGAAGCCAAGGACCCGGACAUAGUAGCAACAAAUAAAAUCAAGUAUCGUUUACUAAAUGACACUGGAGACUGGCUGUCUAUUAACGAAGACACUGGCGUUAUCACAACUAAGAAAGAACUGGACCGGGAGUCACACCAUGUAAUCAAGAGCAAAUAUAUUGUGAAAGUUCUGGCUGUGGAUGAUGGGGUCCCCCCAAUGACAGGUACAGCAACUCUGCUUAUAAACCUGAAGGACAUUAAUGACAAUUCCCCGAAUCUAGAAAGUGCGUACCUAACAACAUGUGAGAAUGAAGAGGAGGCUUUUCUUUUAACACCCAUCAUUGACAAGGACUUGGAACCCUAUUCCGGCCCAUUCUAUGUUAAUGUGUUGGACAAAGACCAUGACAAGAAGCCACUCAAACUGAUAAACUACGAUGAUGAUAUAAUCAAAGUUAAGAAGGAGAAAGAUGCGUACCAAGGAAAUCACACUUUACACCUUGAGAUCUAUGACCUGCAAGGAAAAGUCUCCCACCAGAACCUGACAGUGUAUGUGUGUGACUGCUUAGGUGGCGAUGCCUGCGUUGAAAAAAUGCAAGCCCCUCCGACUCUUAGUGGGGGAGCAAUCGCACUGUUACUACUGGCUCCUAUAUUAUUUCUUUUGCUUUGUUUCCUGCUGUGCAAAAUACAAUUUGCUAAAGUCAUGAUCCCAGUUGAAAAUGAGCCUCUGAAUUCAAUCAUGGUGUACAAUGAAGAAGGAGGAAACAAGGACUGUGAGGCUUCCGCCAUCAUUCCUGACAUAGGAAACAUGGCUGACUUUGCAAGCAAGGAGGAAAUAGACAGCAAUUUUCACAGAUCCAGCACCAGGAGGGCCUCGGCACCUGCACCAGGGCACAAUAAAGUUAGAGUUGCACGCUCAAACAGUAUACAGGUGCAAAGCAAUGGCCAUGCCGGAAACCAAAUAGUAGCAGGGACGGCCUUUGAUCGAGCUAACAGACGACGACAUUCGAGCUAUCACAGGGAAAACUAUCACAGGCAGAGAAGAUAUGGCCACGUCAAUCGCAACCAUUCCUUAAGGCAUACCUCAAUUAGACAAUACUCUUCUGUGACUGCCAGUAGCCUUUCCCUGCAAAGAAAACCACUGAAGACCCUGGAGUCUGCUUUACUACAGAAGCUCAGUGCCAAUAUGAAUGAAACAGAACUGUACCAGCCUCGGGUGUAUGCAGAGGAAGGGGAACUUUCUAGGGUGUGCUCUUUGGACUCCAUUAGCAUCUCGGGAAGUAGUGUCCAUCUGUCAAGCCUUCAAAAUUUUGGAUCCAAGUUCAACAUUCUGGAGAGUAUUUGUGAACACCAUAUGAACCUCCCAAAAACUGACCCUAAAACAGAAGGCUUUAGUCUACAGAGUCAGCAAGUAUAGUUUGUGUGCCAGAAGAUAUUAUAAGGCAGCAUGUAUAUAAACUCAAAACAAAUCCAAGAAAGCUAACUCUCUCUAGGCAGUUAAAAUGACUUAACCCGGCCUAUAAAAUGUUUGCUUUUUCUAUGCAGCCAGUUAUCCAUUAAUGUCCUUGAUGCAAUAUCGGGAGCCUCCUAAUACAGGUCUGAACUCUGGCUGACCUUCCAAGAACCUGUUCCACUCAACAACCAGCACAUGGAAUGAGACACUACCAUAUUUACACAUGCAAAAAGGACUUUAGAUAUGUAGUGACUUUAAAACCUGUUCUGAAUAUUCUAUUCAUUUCAUCAUGCCCAUCCAUUGACAGCCUUUGAAAUGUUAGACUUGGGAACAGUAUAACUGGAACAGGUAAUUGCAUUUAAACAAAUCUUCAGGAUUUUACAGUUACCCGAAUGUCUUCUGGAAAGAUAAAUGAAUGAACAAGUGCUGAAUCUUUUCAAACUCUCUGGUGUAAGUGGCUGCAUAUUCAAAGUUCUGCACUCUAAUGUAAGUGAAGUAGCCCAACUAAUGGACUCACAACUCUUAUCUUCAAGAUAUACUUUGCAAACUUUGAAAAGCAACAUUCUCCACAUGUAAGGAAAAUCUGGAGUGUCUUAUGGAUUUACACUGAUGGAAUCUCAGUUUGUACAAACAUUAGUGUAUACUUCUAUAAAUAGCAUGCAUUAUGUAUUCUCAGGGAAUAAUGAAAGGUGAUUGGCUUAUAUUGGACUUGGCAUUGGGGUUAGAGCAAGAUUUUUAAAAGGGGGUUUCCAAAUUUGUAAUUUACUCAAAUGCUUACUAUCCAUGUACAUGCUCUACAAAUACUGCAUAUGCAUUUCAAACAAACAAUCAGUAUGUCAUUGAAAAGCCUAUAUUUAAGAUGUGCAAAAAACAGUCCUGCAAGCAGUAUCUUUGGGGCAGUGUGGGAGCGGUGUAUACACCACUCCCACACUGUCCCUGCUCAUUGAAAUGAAUGGGAACCACUGCCGAAAUGCCUGAAAAGUGCUUUGGAAGCACCGCACAACAGGGGCCUACAUUUAUGAAGAAAUUCGAUUUUUU